AUGUCAACAAUCGGCACAACAACAAUUCAAACAACAGCACCAAACUCGUUAGUCAUGAAUCCAACAUCUAUGUUAGUAGAAAUGAAAAGCUUCAUUCCUUCUUCAUAUACUUUCGAAACAGAAAUACAAAGAAUAAAGCAAGAACUUUUAACAAGUAAUUUAGACUGUAGUGCGAAAGAUGAAACAAAUGAACAGUAUCUUUAUGAAAUGGAGGAUCUCAUCGACCAUUUGCCUAAACUACCUGAAAUUCAGCAGCAAAAACUAACUAUUCCUGAAUUCGACGAAAUUGAAGUCAAAACAACUGACUCAGUAGAAAUAAAGAAGUUCAUACGAAAGGUAAAUUAUGAGUUUCUAGGAUAUCAUUGCAACCAUAAAGUUAUGGACAAAGAUUGCGACAUGUUAUAUAAGAACAUCUCUGACAUAUAUAAAUCGGGGGGUUUAAGACAUACGACAACUUUGUUUCAUUAG